AUGAAAAUAUUGAGUUGGAACUGUCACGGGGCUGGCAACCCGUGGACAGUUAGGGCUCUCAGCGAUAUAUGCUGGAGAGAUAGGCCGAAUAUUGUUUUUGUAAUGGAAACAAUGAUUGAUGAAAAUCGUCUUAAUAAAAUUAAAAUUAAAUGUGGCUAUGUUGAGGGUGUUUGUAUUAGUAGUAAUGGGAGGUCGGGGGGAAUGGGAAUGUGGUGGAAGGAUAUUAAGGUGAAUGUUGUUUCGUACUCUGCUCAUCAUUUUGCUAUUGAUAUUCUGAAUGAUAAUAAUUGUGCUAUGUGGAGGGCUAUUGGGAUUUAUGGAUGGCCGGAGCAAUCAAAUAAACAUUUAACCUGGGAUCUCAUGUCUUCUCUGAAAUCAGGAUGUAGUAUACCGUGCAUUAUGUUUGGUGAUUUUAAUGAGAUAUCUAGCCUGUGUGAGAAGGAAGGAGGUCCCCUGAGAAGUGAAAGGCUUAUGGAUGCUUUCCGUGUUACCAUGGACACCUGUGCUAUGAGAGACUUGGGGUAUAGGGGUAGCAUAUACACUUGGGAAAGGGGUAACACCAUGGAUACCUAUGUACGGGAAAGACUUGACAGAUUUACUGCCGACGAAGAGUGGUGUGCCUUAUUUCCGAAUUUUGAGGUGCAUAAUCUACCUAUUAUUAAAUCUCUGUCUGAUCAUGCUCCGAUUCUUAUGUCAUCUGAUAAUAGAGGGGGAGAAAAUUGUGGUAGUACGGGGUUUAAAUUUAAGUCGUUGUGGCUAUCAAGUGAUGAGUGUGGUGAGGUGGUGGCUAAGGGGUGGAGUGAGAGUAUGGGGCUGAAUAUGGCAAACAGAGUGGUAGUAUGUGGUGAGAAAUUAGCAUCCUGGGCUGCUCUGAACUUCGGCUCUGUAAAGAAACGGAUCAAAAAGGGGUAA